GUAUAUAUCAAAUAACAAUACAAAAAUAGCAUAGAAGAAAGUAAAAUCCAGCAAGACUGCCUGGUUGCUAAGCUUUGCUUUGCCAAUUUGUGAAAAAGAAAAAUCAGUCCUCCGUUACCAUCAUCAUGCCCGCUUCCGAUCCCGAAAAGCUAAUUGCCAAGGCUGAUAAACUGACUAAACUUAGUCUUACAAGAUGGAGUGCUGAUUGGAGAAAUGCCACCCUUUUGUAUGAAGAAGCUGCUAAUUUGUUUAGGGUUGCAAAGAAAAAUGAAAAGGCAAAAGAAGCAUUUGAGAAGGCUUCCAAAGGACAAGAGAUGCUUUCUUCACCCUGGGAUGCUGCUAAAGAUAUGGAGUCUGCUGCUGCUCUAGCAAAGGAGCUAGGCAACUGGAAUGAAGUCUCUGACUUUUAUAGAAGAGCAUCUGAGUUGUACAUGGAGUGUGGGAGACCACAGCCGGCAUCAGAUGCUCUAGCUAAGGCUGCUCGCGCACUGGAAGAUACUAUACCUGAUGCUUCUGUUCAGCUGUACAAUGAUGCUUCCGCUAUUCUCGAAGAAGAUGGCAAAGAACAGAUGGCCUUUGAUCUAUACCGUGCUGCCUCUAGUGUGAAUAUAAAGCUUGAGAAGUAUAGUGAUGCCGCAGCUUCUUUGUUGCGAUUGGGUCUAGCAGCAGAUAAAUGCAAUGCCACCAAUAGCCAGUGCAAGGCAUAUCUUGGUGCAAUUAUUGUGUACCUUUACGCUCAUGACUUCAAGCAAGCAGAAAAGUGCUACAAUGAUUGCUCGCAGGUUGAUGCUUUUCUGAGAAGUGACCAGAACCGCUGUGCUAGUAAACUACUUUCAGCUUACACAGAAGGUGAUAUCGAAGAAAUCAAACGUCUGGCUCAGUCCAACACUGUUUCAAAUCUUGACCAUGUGGUAAUCAAGCUAGCAAGAAAGUUACCAACUGGUGAUGUUAGUGCUUUGAAGACCGAUGCUGCCAACGAGGAGGAAGAGCCAUUGGAUGAGAAUGACCUCACAUAGUUUUCUCGUUCACAAGAUGGUUUGUAACAUUUGUUUCAAAAUGGGUGGAUUUUGGUGUAUAAAGCAUACAAUAGUAUAAUUUGAUGUCCAGCCUUUUGUACUUGAAAAUGUGUUAAUAUGUAAAAUCUUCUGAGUCUUCAAAUUUGGCAAUUAUGAGCAUUGAUACAGCAGUCUCAAGAUGUCAAGGUCAUUUACCAGGUGGGUUUCGAUCCUUGUAAAACAAAUUCAGGUACAUUAAGCUAAUAAAUAAUGCUA